UUGCCUCAGUCCAGUUAUACCCGCGCCGAGUUAACACGUGUCAGUGUCGAUUUUGCCGCCAAAAACGAUCGUCAACAAAAAUGAAUCAGUUUUGUGUAAAUAUUUAAAUAAUCCUACGUCUCUAAUUGUGUAAUAUCGUUGAAAAUAAACUUUUUUGUGUGUGUAAAUCAGUAAAUAUUUAGAUUUGUUUGCUAAAAAGUAGUGUUGCAAUUUUUAUCUAAAACUUUUCGAAUAGAUUUGUUCGGUUUGCUGUUUUGUGAUUUUAAAGUGUUGUAAACAGUGAUUUUCUGGUAUAGUUAGUGUCGAGUUGGAUUCUAAUUGGAGCCGUAGCGGUCCGGUGGUGAUAUUUCGCCGUUCCCAGGCGUACUUUGGCAACAGUUAACCGGGCGCUAGCAAAAUUCGUCAAAACUGGAUACCAUCUGAAAGCUUAACCAUGGAUUCGGAGAGCCGGAGUGAGUCGGCUCUGAACAGCCCAACGGAGCCUGACGUAUCGCUUGCGGCAUCCCUCACCGACCCUCUGGAGGCGCACACCUUGGAGGAGGCGCGCAGGAGUAUCAGAGAUCUUCGCAUGAAGUAUCGCGCUCAAGCUCACCAGCUCCUGACAUGGCGCCGCGCGCACCGAACUCAAGAGGAACUAGUCACACGCCUGCAGAAAGAAAAGGCGGAACAACUCAAAUCUCUCUCUAGCCAACUUCUUCUCUUUGAAUCUCGCCUCGUUCGGAAGCAGAAGGAGAUCUCCAACAUGCUCGCGUUACGUGAGACUAUCAUCAUGAAGCAACAGAAAGUUAUCGAAUCUCUGCAAGCCAAGCUUUUAGAUAACGGUAUCGAGUCUCAAAAUAUUCCAGACUUCAGAGACAUGCUGCAAGAUACACACCUCACAGGAGACUUCGACUCACUCAAUGACUCCGACUCCGCUGUGAUCAUGGAAGACGUUGACUUCGAUAGCGGGAACACUCCUCAUGUGCCAAGGUUCAGGUCGACGAACCCUGACAGCGUCACCAUUGUCCGGUCAAUAUCGGAUGCCAUAGACCCCAACCUCAAGUACAAUGUAGUACGGCGAUCGAAUGGCUUCCUUCGACGACCAGAGAUUCUGGAAACAGUAUACAGCGUCGAGGAAGAAGCCGAUGGAGAUUCUACUAAAGGUCUGAGUGCUCAGAACAGUACAGAGAAGGAACUGAACGAUGCCAACAAAACCGACGAAGAGAAAUACAAAGAGACGAGUCUCCUCGCUCAAAGGCGGGAUAACUUUCGAAUGAGGAGCGUAGUCCUUACAGCUGAGGUGAAGAGCAUAGAUAAUGACAAGGAGCUAAAACCGAAGAAUGGUAAGGAGGUGUGGUCGUACAGCUAUGUGCCAAAAAGGAUGACUCCGGCCAACGAGUCUGAUGACGAGGGCACCUCGAACGCUGAGAGCGACGAGGAGCCUGAGCCGAAGUCCAACCACGUGGUGACGUACAACCGAGUGAUGUCCAACCACCGGAACGUGACCAAGCCGAAGGAUGUGAAGUACAAGAGGAUAAACAAGGCCAAGUCCAAGAGCUUGGAGGAGCUGCGAGGGAGGCUAAAGAACUGGGUGGACAAGGGGAACAAGCUGACGAACUUACCUCUCGAGCACGCGCAAAGUUACGCCUAAGCUGAAAGUUCCUGUAAUUAAGUGCCGAGUCCUGCGUGAACCGCUUCACAAGUAAACAGCGUGUUACUUCUACAUCACAGUAAAGUAGAUCACAAAUUAAUCGUAGUAUCCAAGUACCUUUUAAAGUAAGGGUUGUAAUGUAACCAGCUUUAUGUCAGAGGCAAAUCUAUUGAAGAAAAUAUUCUUGAUACUCAGACUAUUGUAAAUAGAUAUUUCUUGUAUGUUUAAUAGAUAUUGUGCAACAUUCGUUAGGGUUUUAUUUUCAAGUUCUCUAUUGUUUAAGAACUGAUUUUAUUUAGGGAAAUCUUCUAGAAUAAUUUAUUUACGAAGAUGGACGUACUCAUAUUUACUCGUUGUAGUGAAACUAUACAGAAAACGAUUGUUGUGUAUAUUGUUGUUCUCUUUGAUAUUCUCAGUGUGUACAGAGGACUUAGUACGAGUUCGUUUUACGUUUAACGACCGGGUUCGGUACUCUGAUUGGUUGGUUCAUUUGAGUCGACCAAUCAGAGCGCCGAACGCGGUCUCGUUUCAAUUUCGUCAAACGUAAAUCUAACUCGUACUAAGGCUACAGAUUUUUAAUGAAUCUUAUUGGCCUAGAAAGUAUAUUUUAAUACCUAGAUACAAUAUAUUCAUGUUUACAAUUUUGAGCUUAAAUCGACAGUGUAAUUUCAAUGUUUAAUGUAAUCAAUUAUAAUAGUCACCGUUUUCAUAAUAUCGCUUGUCCUCAGAGGUAAUCAAGUAGGCAUUCAUUCUCUUGUUAAAGUAGAUUUCAUUUUACAUAGUACAAAUGAUGGUUGAAAGUUCUAUAAACAAUAGAAAACUGAGAAAAAGUUAUGUAUCUUCGCGCGCACGACUGAUUUUGAGUAUUUCAUUUAAAGUUAUUUAAAAAAAAAUGUAUAAAAAAUUCGCUUGUUCGAAAUUUUUGGAAUUGAAAAAUCUCCUGUGAUUAUGUGAUCGUCUCGUCGUAUUGUUUUCGCCAAUUCGUAUAUAAUUCGUAUAUAUAAGAUAAAAAAUUAUAUAUAAAUGAGAAUAAUAAAAUUAUUAUUCUAGAUAUUUAUAAUAAUUUAGAUAUUUAUUGUCUCGGUGCCAAUUAUUAAAAUAAUUUUUCUCUUGAUAAUAAAUAAUAGUAUAUAAUUAUUAUUGUUUCUGUAUACAGGGUGGUCGCUUAUUUUUAAACAUAUAUACAUAGUGUCCUUUUUAUAACCCAACAAAUAUAUAUAUUUAUUAAUUUAAACAAAGUAUAAAACAGUGAUCAAAACAUUACAACUGUUUUAAAAUUAUAAGAUUGUUUCAAAAACUAAUUAAUCCUAUUACACACAGAGGUUUCAAAUUUAUGAAAAUGCUCUCCAUUUCGAAAUACCUAAUCCAUCUUAGUUGAACAGACUGUGAAAAAAAAUUAAAAUACAUUUUCUAUUUCGGCUUGGAGUUGGAAAUUAAUUUAGGUUUUCAACAAAAAGAGUACUAAAAGUCUUUUAGGUCACAUUAGUCUAAUUGCUCGGUCUAGAUUGGCCCUAGUUAGCACGUGAUAUUUUAGCUCUUGGAAUUAGAGGGAACGUGAGGACAGCCUUUACUUAGCCAACAAACACGUGUUUAUGUUUUUCUCAAGUAAUUACGACACAGCGUGUUUUUGUUCAUUCGAACCUGCUACCGUUGCCAAGUUUUACUUGAGUAGUAUUUUUUGGUGUAAAAGAAAGUGAUGUUUUUUGUGUUUUUCUGUUAAAUGUAUGGUACAGGUGAUUAAUGCGUACAUUUUUCGUUUGCCAUGUUAUUUUAUGUGUAGAAGAAGAAAAUGCGCUUGACAGAUCUAAGGGGUAGGCAGUUUGUCGUAGAAACGGUUGAUGUUUGUGUUUUUUUUAAGAAUUGAGAGGGUUGUUUCGUAACUUCUUUAUGUUUAUUUUGUCUUAGGAAAGAUGUAAAUAUGUAAAUGUCUUAGAUCUGUAUUUCGGGCAUAUUCAUUACUUUGGGGGUGAGGGGUAGAGAAGUUUAAAGUCUCUGUAUUCGAAAGGCUGAUUUAUUAAAUACGUGGAUUGAUUUGAGUCGGGAAUUCAUGAUAUAAGUUUGACUUUUUUUAAGGGGGAAUCAUCCAAUGACUUCUCCCGCCUUGGGCGAGGCGUGAAGGUGUGUUAGACUCUUACUGACUAAAGACCACCCCGUUCCUACUCCUACUUUUCGAGCCGGAGCCCCGGUAACCGCUAAGCAGUCUGUAGCUCCGGGCAUAGGUAUCCAUUACUAGAGUUGGGUAGGAUUAGACUUUUUUAUGUGACUUUCAUUUUCAUGUAAACGCCUAGAAACUCUUCAGCUUUAUCGUGUUAGUAUAGAGUUGAGAGUUAAAAUGUUACAAAUACGACUUGUAUCAAAUGUUACUCGUAUCAUCGUUAUUAGAUUGUAUAAAGAUAUCUAAAUGUAGAUAUAACUGUAUACGAUUCUA